CUGCAGGCGGUGAUAACCCGGGAGGGGCUGGCACGGGGGAUGGAAACAGCCUGGCCAGGGUGGAGCUGCCAUCAGCAGGGUCACCCUGUCCCUGUCCCUUUAAGAGAAGGGGGAGGCGAGCCCCUCAGCCACCCUGUCCUGUCCUCCAUCCCGGCUCCAACCCGAAAGGGAAAAUGAAAGAGGGCCCGGGAGGGACAGGUCCCAGCCGGCGUCCCUGCUGCCCCGCUGCCCCGUGAGGGUCCAGCCCGGCCCUGGCGCCAUGGCCGAGUGGGCCUUCCUGGGCUCGCUGCUGGACGCCGUGCAGCUGCAGUCGCCGCUACUGGGCCGCCUGUGGCUGGUGGUCAUGCUGAUCUUCCGUAUCCUGGUGCUGGCCACGGUGGGCGGCGCCGUGUUCGAGGACGAGCAGGAGGAGUUCGUGUGCAACACGCUGCAGCCCGGCUGUCGCCAGACCUGCUACGACCGCGCCUUCCCGGUGUCGCACUACCGCUUCUGGCUCUUCCACAUCCUGCUGCUGUCGGCGCCGCCCGUGCUGUUCGCCGUCUACUCCCGGCACCGGGCGGGCAAGCGGCCGGGCGGCGCGGGCGCGCCAGGGGCUGGGGGCGCGCGGGGGCCGGGGGCGCCGACCCGCCGCGCGCGCCGCUGCUACCUGCUGAGCGUGGCGCUGCGCCUGGGCGCCGAGGCGGCCUCGCUGGCCGGCCAGGCGCUGCUCUACGGCUUCCGCGUGGCCCCGCGCUUCGCGUGCACUGGCGCGCCCUGCCCGCACACGGUCGAUUGCUUCGUGAGCCGCCCCACGGAGAAGACGGUGUUCGUGCUCUUCUACUUCGCCGUGGGGAUGCUGUCCGCGCUGCUCAGCGUGGCCGAGCUGGGCCACCUGCUGUGGAAAGGUCGCGCGCGCACCAGGGACCGCGACCCGGAGGACGCCCGCAAGCUGCUCCCGCCGCCGCCGUCCCGGGCCGCGCGGAGCCCGAGUUCCCACCCCGACCCAGACCGCGACCCCGGCGCGCCCCCCGCCUACGCACACAGCGCACCCAGCGACGGAGACGCCAGCAGCGGCCGCAGCAAGGCGACCCUGGCCGCCGCCCGCCGCGACCUGGCCAUCUAGCGGCGAUCCUGCGCGCUGCGAGGCCCCAGACGAAGCCAGCCCGGGCUCAAACCGCGAGGGGACACGCGGGUUCCCGCCUAGGCGGGGACGAAACCGACAGCGGCGCCUGCGGUGCCCUGGCUCGGGGGAGCGCGCACCCUCGUGAGAGUGGACGCGUAGGAAGCCGCGUGUGCGUGCGCGUGCGCGUGGAGCCCGUGUGAGCGCCCGGUGUGCACGUGCACACCUGUGCAUGGGCGCAUGUUCCUCGGGAGGUGUGCGUGAGGGCGUGCGUGCGCACCGGACGUGUCCCGCGUGCCUCCUCGAGCCCACACGCCCAUCCUAGUGAGCCUGUGUGUGUUCUCGUGGUGCACACUUGCACACGUGCCUCUCGCCGGGACUCGACACCUGCGUGUAACUGCAUGCACACCUGCAUCUCCACAGCGCGCGUGCACAUACACACGGGGUGGGGCGCGUGUCUCUGCACGCGGGCUCCUCGCUCGGACCUAACCCAGCCCCUGGUCGGCGGGAAGGCGUCCCCUCCCCUGGGGGCCACGCAGGAAGCGGGGGGGGGGGCGGCCCCUCACACGCAGGCGCAGUGCUGUGCUCCACGCGGUGCCCGCCCGGAAGCCAGGCCCUUGGGGGGCGGGCGGCGGGGCCUGCGCCUUCCCCACUUCCCACCGCUGUUCCCCCCCCCCCCCGCCCCGGGCUGUUACCUUGCUAAGUCCCUUCCGUGCUCAGGCGCCCCCAAGACAGGCUCCCGGCUGUCCCAGGCUUUCAAAGCCACCUGCAGCCACGCAGAGCCCUCUGCCCUGGUCUGCUCCACUGGCCUCCUUUCGCACCCCACAGUAGGGUCCCCCUAGAUAAGCUCACCCGGGACCAGGUGACACGCCACGGCCAUGUCCCCGCGCUCCUGGGCCGCCAUGGCGGCCUUGCCAACCCCCCCUCCCCUCAGCCUUGUGCUCCUCCUGCCCGCCGGCCCCUGCGUCUGGCCCCUAAACCAGCUGUGCGGACUUGGAGCCGGGCAGGCUGGGCUAGGCCUGAGGGGCCGCCCUCUCUGCUACCCGCAGCUCCGCUAGCUCAUGCCUGCCCGCUGCCUUCAGGUUUGUUUGGUUUGUUUGGUUUGUUUGGUUCUGGUUUUGGUUCUGCUUUUUUGAGACAGGCACUCCCUAUGCAGUUCAGGCUGGCCUUGAACUUGCAAGCUAUCCUCCUGCCUCAGCCUCUGGAAUUCUGCCUGCUGCCUUUGAGCCCGUUUUAGAGAAACAGACAGCUUUAGGAAAGGCUUUCCCUGAGGGCCCGCACCCCAGGUCGGAGCCAGCUGCCCCCAGGAGAGUGUCCCUCGCCUUUCGUGGCCGUGGAGGUGCUUGGUAAAAGGCAUUGCGGGCCCUGGCGCCUCCUGCCCUUCCCAGCGGGAACCGCCUCCAUCUCUGAUGCCAUUCGUUCUGUCAGCCAUGGACAUAUUCAUUCAACAAACAUUGCUCAGCACCUGCUGGGUGCCAGGUAUUGGAGAUAGAGCUAUCUGAUGAAAUGUGUGACAUUAGCUGCGUGGACAAAGCAAAAGGAGAUGGGAAAUCGAUUUUAGUGUCUAUUUCCUUUACUCCAGAAUAUCCAGACUGGCAUGGUUUCAACCUGAGGUUGAUAUUAAAAAGCGUUCUUUGUUCAUACGAA